AUGUCGUUGGUAAAAAUUAAAAUUAUUUACGACUAUUAUACUACUAAAAGGAUCACCCCAAUAUUUAUUAGAGAAGAGGAUCUCAUAAAUUUGUGUUACGAAGAAUUCAAAACACGUUUAAUCUCCGAAGUUCCACACCUUGACAAGGUCGGUUCAUCUUUGCAACUGACAGUUUUUGAAGACAAUGUUGAAGUAGAUUUGUCUCCGUCAUACUUUACUUUCCAGAUAAAUGGACUCUUAGAGAAGGAAAAAACAAUCUCCGUUAAGGCUUUCACAUUUGAUUCACCUGGCCUGCCGUCUGCCCCAUCUUUUGAGUCAAUGAACGAAAAACAUUGUAAUAUCGAUUUUGAUACGAGUCAAAGUCAUGGUCAAAUUACUCUACUGACAAUCCAGCAGCCUCGCGUGAGAAGAUUGAUCGCUUUAUCUGACUCGACCAAUGAUCAAAAUGAACUCAUGUAUCCCGACGACAUUGACGACUUUGAAGACGACGAAACAUUUCAGCCCAAGGCCAAGAGUAACAAUUCGCGUGUAAUGCUGCCAUUAGAAAGGUACGCCAAGAAACAACAAAAAGCUGUCGACGAUAUUCAGCGUCAGUUACAAAUUAAAAAGCGAGAACUCUUGAUUCGCGAAAAUAAAAUUAACACCGCUUUACAGCAAAACAGAGCUAAAGUAGGGAAUGGAAAUCAGGUUACGUGCGGGAGUUGUCAUUUAAAACUUGGACACAUGAAAAAGAGAUGCGAGUACAGUCCAUGCAAAUCACCUUACUCUUGUGGCAUUACUUCAAAACAUGGCGUCGAGAAAAUGGAAAUUACGACGUUGCAGAGAGAAGUUGCUAAACUCGAACUAACUCUCAUUGCUGCACGAAAUGAAGUUCAAAAUGCAGAACGUGUAACCGAGAAAGUGUUAUCAUCUGCUUCAAAGCAAAUUGAGGAUUGUAUCGUACGAGAAUAUCCAGAUAGAUACACUUCGUUUGGCCGUAGAAACUGGGUGGUUUUAAACAAAGACGUUGCUCUUCUUCAAAAACACUUGCAAGGAAGACUGUCGUCGAGAGAAAACGUCAUGGCUCUUGUUCACAGCGUUGUUUUUAAUUCUUCAACUGAUCAUCGAAUGUCUUCACAGAAACGCCUCCUCUCUAAUGAAUAUGGUAUAGUUUUCCCGACUGAUACUAUUAAAACGAAAGAAAAAAAACUCAAACAAGGUUUUUCUUCUUCAGUCUCUUCGACGCACACAAUUGUGAAACCAAAUAGUUCAAGUAAUUGCUCAAGUGGUGUGGCAAAUGCCAGUUUUUUUUUCUGCAUCACAUCAGGAGACGCAGGAUUUACAGUUAGCUCUUAAGCUACAAGAGGAAAUGGAAUCGGAAAGUAUGGGACAGUGCACCGUGGCGGACAGUGAUUUUAAUAAUCAGGCCGAGGAUGAGGCCACAGCUAAUGACGUGCCUGUAAUUGCAAACGCAGAUCUUGAAUUUGAGGCAAAUGCCACUGCUGCUUUGUUACAACUUCAGCAGCGGAAAGGACAUUGA